AUGACGCACACUGAUUCUCCACAACCUUCUGGCCUUGUCGUCAGGGCACAGCGGCAGGCGCCGCAAGAUGAGGGUGCGCACAAGUAUGCUUCCUGCAGCAGAAAUGCCUCCCAAACCGCCGGAACUCGUUGCAGGGGGGCGGGGUCACUUGAUGCAGAAGGUGAAGUGGGGGAAGAGAAACAGGAGAAGGGUGAAGCAGCCGUCUCCAGUGUGACGCGUUUGCCUGCUCAGCUGAGGGAAAGAUGUGUACAACAAGCACCUUCAAAGCCACCAAAAAAGGCAGAUUUCCCGAUGGCGUACUUUGCCGAGGCACUGAGUGCCCCUCGGGAACGUGUGAGCAUGCGGAAGAACAAAGUGCUGUUUUUCUCUUCUGACACGCCUUCGUCCUCUCCUGCAGCAUCGCAUUCUCGUGAUCGCCGCAAGCCUCCGUGCCUGACCCCCGUGUUUUCCCCUGCCUCACCCUCAGCUUCUGUGUCUUUGUCGCCUUUCUCGAGGCCGUCCCUCUGGCUGUCAACGCCUACUGCUUCGCAUGGAAGGGUCGAUUCCGAUCCUGUUGAGGACACCAUCGACAGCGGGGGAAUUCGUACUGAGGAGGAGGUAUCGCGAAGUUCCUUCGACGCUCCUGAAAAGGUAGCCAACAAGCCGUCUGCUCCUUCGUCUUCGUCUUCGUCUGCUUCCUCUCCACCACCCUCAUCUUCUUCUUCUGCGAUCCAGUCGCCUCCCGCUUCCAGCUCCGCCCCCACACCUGUUUCCAGUGUAGGUGAGUCGUUAUCAUCUCUUUCGAACCCGCAGUCGUCGUUCACAGGGUCGCCUUCGGAGCCAAGCGGAUGCGAUGCUCUGCAAGAACGGCCGUAUGAUGAGAGCUUUCCGUCUCACAGUCGAUCGUUCGCGUCUUCCGGCCCCCCCUCGCUGCUGUCUUCAAUUUCCCAAGUCUCUGGUGAAGCACAGGAGCUGGACGCGACGUCGUGUCGCAGAAGUCAGGGCAUGAGCAACCCGAGCUUGCUUCGAAGCAAUCUGGCGCCUUCCCACGCAACGGCGUGUAGUUCCUUGCCGUUCGCUAGUUCUUCAGCGUCAGGAUUUGAUAGCGCUGGCUUACAAUCUUGGGGCCAGAAGACGCCUGCGGAAGGCGACCCAGGAUCGCGCUCCACACGCCUCGACACCGAACCUGUCGCACCGCUCGUGGCGUCGCCUCCGGUGUACGGCCAGUCGGUUGUGCCUCCGGCGCUUUGUCCGCCGCUUGUCAGUCCUUUUCCUUCUAGCGCGCCAUUGUCCACUUCUGUUUCCUCCCAGUCAUCUUCUUCGUCGCUGCAGAGAUCCUUCAACUGGCCGCCAUCGUGCAUGGACCUGACGCGGCGCGUCCUCGCGGCGACGCUCCACAACCUCCACCUGCGGCAAGCGGCGGCAGCGCCAUUUCUGGCUGACGAAAACGAAUGGAUCGCCACCCAGCUAGCCAACUGUCUGGCGGAUCUUCAGCUCCUCCUCACUUGCGUCUGGGACGCCUGUACGUGUCCCGUCAUGGCAGCGGGUUCCAUCUUUUUCCUCGUCCUCAAGUCCGCUCCCGCUGGAGUUUCACCCCUCGCGGGCAGCCAGGUUGGCCAACGCGCCAGCUCGUUCUCAUUGCAUCAGGACCCCGGAACCGGGCUCCUCUCCGCAGCGGCUUCAGAAGACGCGUUUGUGACGCGCGAGCUGUCUCGGCUGCCGCUCGCGCACGAGGCACAUCUUCGCGAAACGAACCUGCGCACCCCAGGCACGCGGCGAGUUCGCGAGAGACGACGGAGUCUCUGUGGCGGAGAGGCGUGCAGCUGGGCUUGCCGGAUGAGAGAAGAAGCUGGGGAGCAGUCCAAAAGGAGGCUGGAGCACGAGGGAAGGGCGCAAGCCAGGCGUGUGGAAAAGGACCUCACUUGCGCGUUGACAUCUUCGUGCAUCAAGGCUCGGGACAUCCUCCACAGGCACCACAAUGCCGGCGCCCCGCGUGCCGUCUCGCCGACUCCCCGGCGCGAGGACACAGAGGAAGGCACAGACGCGUUUAUCCCCUCUCUUAAGUUGGGCUGGGGGAUGAGGCUGGAGAGGGCAAGGCGCUACGGGCCGCGAGCGGAGCAUGGAGCGGAACGCGGCGCGACAUGCCGAGGCAGUGCGGGGUCGGCCGGGGCUCGUGGCUCGUCGCGGUCGCGGCCUGUGCGCCUACAAACCGCUCGCCAGUACAUGGAGACCGUCCUCGCGUGGUGCGUUGACCAGGUUCACCGCGGUCAGCUGUUUCGCGAUCCGCCGAAGAAAAGCCGCGAAACCCGACCUGCGUGGUUUGAAGCCCACGAAGAAGCUCGGCGGCCCUGGGAGAGAGAGGAAGCGAAGGCAGACUCAGCGGAGACUCGCGGUUCAGAGCUAGCACCUGACGGCGCGCAAAAGGUUGCGGCGGGGAGCCUCAACCAAGAGGAGGAUGGCGCCCCCUGUGCGCAGGCGCCGGACCCAGAGGGGCGGGGAGUGCCUGGAGGGCGCGGUGAGGCGGGGCGCCAAGGGGCAGAGCGUAGGUUGGAGACUGAACGAAAAACCUACGUCCUCUUUCCUUCUUCCAGCGUAGGUUUGUUGUUCCCUCGAGGUCAGGAACAGGGCCGCGUCGCGCGCGAGCAGACAGAGCGCGAGGCGGAGCAUUCCUCUCUUCGGGCAGUCUACUCUGCUAACCGAGCAGGGGAACAAACAGACGCGGAGGGCAAACGGUUCUUGGAUAUUGCGAGGCGGAUGUGCCGGCGAGUCUUUCGGUGCUACGCGCAUAUUUACCAUUAUCACUUGGAUCUCCUCUGUGCGCACGAUGUCCUGGCACAUGUCAACCGCUGCUUCAAGUUUUUUCUCUUCUUCGCCCACCAGUUUCGCCUCCUCACGCAAACAGAUACUCAUCCUCUGAGGAAUCUCGUCUCCCAGUUGCUGGUCGGCGAUUCGCCGCUCGCAGAAGCUAGUGGCCAUGCGCGAAUCACGCAACUCUUCCCUCUCCCCGCAGCUUCGCCCCUUCCACCUGCUGGCCGUUCCGCCCCUUCUUCGCGGGAGGGCUUGGCUCCCUCGCACACGCUCUCUCGGUUUCCGCCACCUGCGUCGUCGUCGUUCUUCUUGAACGAUCCGCUGACGGAGCUGCAUGAAACCUACAAAGGGGCGGUCAAGGGUCAUAUCCGCUGCGCAAACGACGACGGAGGUAGCAGAAGCGAAGACGAUGCGUCAACGCAGCUCGCGUCGCCGGCGAGAGCUCAGGAGCACGCAGCGCGGCGGCCUGGAGAAUUUCGCGCUGCUUACGAGAAAGAAGCCCUUCAGGGCUUGACAGCGGGCGCGCCACAGGAGCCAACCCCACCGGAUGGCCUGAACCCUUCUCGACUGCCUUCCGUCGCUUCCCGCAGCCCAUCCGUUUCCAUGGCCUCUGCCCUCCUGCCCUCCUCGUCCUCCUCUCAGUUCCCUUCUCCGCACUCGCCUUUUGCCGCCUCAUCUUCUCCCCCAUCCCCCGCGUGGAGCGAGUCUUCGUCGCCAGGUGUGGACAGGCGCCGCCAGGCAGCCGAUCUGUCGUUCCCUCUCGCCUCGCGGUCGUUCGCCGUUUUGCCAGCGCCAGGCAGCGAGGACGCUGUGCAUGCGUCUGUGGCGACGUCGUCCUCGUUUCCUUUUGCGUGUUCGUCUGCAUAUCUCUUGUCGCCGCUGCACAGUCGCGCCGCUUCGCAGUCAUCGAGCCAGUCGCCUCCAACAGAGGGCCUUUCAUUUCAGCUGGCUCCGCUGCAGGAGGAGCCACACUCGGAGCCCUCUGAGAAGCGAUCGGCCUCGCCUGGAGGUGGCGGCGCUGCGUCCGCUGCUUCGUCCCACCAGACUUGCUGCCCCCCGCCGUUCUCCCGCGUGGUCCGCGCGCCGGCGCCAGGGCGAACGGCAGACAGAGGCGACGCGAGCGCUGAAGAGAAGAGCGCAGCGAGCAACCGGCAGGCUGUAGCCAACGGACUGCAGCAGGGACGGGGCAGCGCAAGCACGGAAUGCCAGGAGGGGGAGGAACCGCUGCAGAGCGAGGAGAGCGCCGACGCCGCUGAAAGAGACUCUGAAAAGGGCCUGAGCAAGCGAGAACCUGAGGAGGAAGGCGAAGAGGCAGGGCCGCCAGGCCGCACGGAAGGCAAGGCAGUGCCUGACAGGGGGCAGGGAGGCCGCGCUGCACAGACCAGAAGCGCCGAGCAGGACCCGGUCGCCCUUGAGGAGAUGCCCGAGCGUGGGAAUCCCAGAGAAGAGACCUCGGCUGCUUCUGACAGCGAGGAUGAGGAGGUGGGCACACCAGAGAGGGUAUUGAUGAUGGCAUUGAAACGCGACAUUUGUGAGAUGAAGCAGCAGCAAUGCGUUGAUCACGCCCUCAGUUUGAGGCAGGACCUGGCUGGUUUCGAUGAACACGGCUCGCCGGACACCUGCACAUGUGGGCUGCGGAGAAUCGAGAGCUUCGAAGAGCUGCCGCUCCUUCUAGGGCACGAAGACGCCGCCGAAGGGGAGGGGAGGAAAGAGAAUGCGGAGCCUUGGGAGCGGAGAAGACCCACAGGAGCGGAGGAAGCGGAGCGACGUGAAGAAGAAACGAGCAGAGAAGACAACGAAGCUCAGCGAGACGGGAGCGCACAGAGAUGGGGAGAAAACCAAGCGAUCAUUGCGGCGAACGCCCGCGAAACAAACGCACAAGACGCACCAUUGAUGCCACAAGAGCGUGUGGGUGGCAGACCGGUCCAGGAGGACCUGCUUGCGCCGCACGAAAAAGAGAACUCUCGUUCGGGAACCGAAAAACCUGAAGCGAGGAAAAAACGGAGACCCGUUCUGUCUCCCCUACCUUUCAAAGACGAAGACUUCGAUGAAAUUCGAACAGCGCUGAAAGAAGCUGAGGCGCUGAAGCCUCAGACGCCGUUUUCCGAAGCGGAACAAGGCCGCAGACGAGCCACCAAAAAGCUGUUGGAGUCGCUGCUGCUUCAGCAGCAGCCGUACCUCUGA